UCUGUGAGUGAUGGCUGGUAUCAGAAGAAUUGCGUAUCGCUUCACAACUAUUACAAAGACGAUGAAACCCAUAUCUUCAGAACUGCUUUCAUGUCAGUUAUGUUUGUUUAAUGAUUUAAAACAGUUCUCAAAAUCAAGUGGACCGCUAAAAGUUUUAGAAUCGACGAGGAGAGUCGAUAAACUUGUGGUACCUACAGACUAUAGUAAUGUAUCGGCUUGUACAUCUUCUGGCAAUGCACCAGUGCGAUUAUAUUGCACAUCUAAACCUCCUGAUGUGUCCGAGAUCCGGAACAUAAACCCUUUAGGAAACAUACAGUCAAAGGUAUAUUACUUUGAUACCCUGGCAGUGGUACAAAAGCUGAUGAAGGAGGGUUUUGAUGAGAAACAGGCCAUGGCUAUUAAGGACAUUGUACAAGAGGUUCUUCAUUCCUCAAUAGAUCACCAAACCAAAGUCCUCGUUACAAAAGCCCAGCUGGAGAUUACAACCCAACAAAUGAUGACCCACUUAAACUCUGUCAAAAAAGAUUUGGUGAUAUUGGAGAAGAGCGAGUUUUCCAUGCUGAGAAGUGAAACAGAGAAACAGACUAUGGAAAUACAGCAACUUAAAAAAGCACUUGAAAAUGAACUAGAUAAACUUAAGGGCCAUGUAAGACUGGAUAUCAACUUGGAAAAGAGCAGGGCAAUUGAAGCACAUGCAGAAAAUGAAAAGAACCUUCAGAUGCUGCGCAAUAAAAUUGAAACUGACGUAGCCAAUGUUCGGACAUUAUUUGAAUCCUACAAAAAUGAUGUUUUUAGGUACUCAAUAGCCACUGCCCUCACAGCUGGAGCUACAGUGUUAGCAGUGCUCCGUUUACUGAUUCAUUGACCAAUGGAUGAAGUUAAUACUUCUCUAAACGAGAUGUUGGACCUUUUAAGAAAACCUUCAUGAAUAAAUUUGGAAUUUCAAGCUACAACAUAGAAACAAGUUUAAUAACUACUGAAUGUAUAAAGGAAAAACUGGGUUGGACAGUUUUUAAUUUAUAAAAGAAGCAACUUAUAAAACAAAAUGGCAAACUGCUUUAACCCUAGUUUUUGUGAGUAUAAAUACUGUAGCUAUAAAAAUAAUUCAAUUUACAUGUAGUUUUGUCACACAUAAUAAACACAGAUUUGUUUAAUUAAAUUUAUUGAAAUAACAUUUUUCAAUAAAGGAUUCCAAUUAUUCUGUUGGAAUAUUUGACAACUGUUUUCCAAAGAUUAGGCAUAUGAGUACAUUCUUUUUUACAAGUUAUCAAACCUAUCAUAUAGAUUUAAUAAACACCAAAAGUAGUAGAAAAGAUAGAAAAAGUUAGGGAGAUUCAAAGAACGAUGUUAAGUAAGAUGUACAACAGUAAUGAAAAAAAUUAAAAUAAAUACAAAAUGCAAACAUCAUACACAUUCUACGCACACAUACACAAUGACGCACACCCUAUAUCAUUCUCCACAAAAAAUUAAUGUGUCAGAUUAAAAUAUGUGUUAAUGAAAAUAAAAAAAAUAUACAAUUGU